AUGAUUGCUGCAAAACCAUCUGUGUGGGCCUCAGCGAACAUACCAGAGGCGCUGCAAUAUCGCGGCAACCUCAACAAUAUCCUGAAAGCGUUAUUAUACUGGACGCGCAGAUCGCUACUGUCGCGUGUGGACAUUGAAGACUCUGAUUUCGAAGAGGAGGAAGCCAACAAGCCUGCCAACUUUAUGGACGAGUUCUUCGGCCGACGUAGCGACAGCCAGGACGACCAAGACGUGGAAGUCCACCUCACCUCGCGGCAAACUCUCAUCCUCUCCACACUGGUACCGGACGAAAUAUUGCUUAUGGAAAAGUUUGAAAUACCGGAGCCGCGGCGCUUCGUGGGCGUGCUGAUGAUGGCCGACGUGUCCGGCUACACGGCGCUCUCGGAGCGCUACAACAACACCGGCAAGGGCGGCACCUACGCCCUCACCGUCACCCUCAACACCUACCUCGGCGCGCUCAUACAACUCAUCUACAGCCACGGAGGCGACAUCAUCAAGUUCGCCGGUGACGCCUUCUUAGCCUUGUGGAAGACCGACAAAAAAACAUACCUGUGCCAAACCAUUCACUCUGUUAUUGCUUGCGCUCUUGUCAUCCAGAGUACGUACGCGAGAUACGAAACUGACGUAAAAGUGAACCUCAAAGUCAAACUAGCCAUCUCUGCAGGAAACCUAAUGUUUGCCCCGAUCGGUAGCGGCAUAGAUAUGAACUAUGUUAUAUUCGGUUUACCUGUGAUCGAAGCUAAAGCAGCAGAAAGUGUUUGUGGUUCUGGAGAAGUAAUACUAACGGCUAAUGCUUGGGCGCAUUGCUAUUCCAGAAACUAUGAACACGAAGUUCACGAUGACGGACACGUACUAAUUAAAACAAUUCUCUACGACCCAAACGACAAAGAUGUCAGCAAACCAUUUUUAGGAUUCGGAGCUUUGCUUAGACAAGUCAAACAAACUCAUCCCCUUGAGGAGUUUGACCAAAUUAUAUGGGAUUCACCCAACAAUAUAUCCACUUCGGAAUUACUGAGGCAAAAUGACAUACUAAGCCUACGCAAAGCAAUUUUAAUAGCCGAAGAAAGAAAUAUAGGAUCACAUAUUCGUAACUUCAUGAUCCGGCCUGUUCUCACUCAAAUAGAUGCUCACCAGCCGUUGGAAUACCUUACGGAAAUGAGACAAGUGUCGAUAGUGUUCAUUACGCUCAAACCACGGGAGUGCUCUCCUUCAGAACUUAUAACUAUAGUCAAUAACUCGUACCGAAUAACAUGUGAAAUAGUGUACAAAUCUAUGGGGUGCGUCAAUAAAAUAAUUCUCUUCGAUAAGGACGUUAUGAUGUUAGUUAUAUUCGGGUUGCGGGGUUUUAAACAUGAGUCUGAAGCUCAAGCUGCUUUGAAAUGUGCAUACGCUAUUAAAAAGUCAGUGUCAGCGUUGGACGGCGUGCUGGAGGUGUCCGGGGGCGUCACUACAGGGCAGGUGUACUGCGGGGUGGUCGGCCACCCGCUGCGGAGGGAGUUCACUGUGAUCGGUGCGAUCGUCAAUAAAGCCGCAAGACUAAUGUGCAAUUAUCGCAAUAAGAUUUCCUGUGACGAAACGACAUUUGUGAAAAGUAAAAUGUCUAAGAACGGUUUCACUUUACAACCACCAAUUGAGUUAAAGGGCAUUCAUUCACCAGGUAAAAUUUAUGAAUAUACGGAGGACAUGAGACUUAACGAGCUGUAUAAUAUACCUAUGAUACAACCGCUACUAGAUCGCAUUGACGAAAUAGAAUACUUUAACCACUGGCUGGGACAGGCCAAAUAUAGCUAUAGAGAUUUCGAUGCGCUUAUGUUGAUAGGUGAGUCCCGCAUAGGUAAAAGCAGCAUACUGCAGUGGCUGGCGCGCACCGCUCGCAACAAAGGGCUGCGCGUGUGCUACAUCAGGACAGUCACUGUUCUACAUUGUGCAUAUUUACAUGUAGACGAUACAAACAGUAAACCGUCCUCAUCUGAAGAGUCAAGUGAUGACAGUAAAUCUGGUUCGUACAUAUCAAGUCAAAAUUCUGAAGAUACUUUGCGUUUAAACAGAACUCAAUCCAUGAGUCUAUCAUCGUCAAAUAAUAAUAAGUUAAUAAGUGAACCCGUAUCAAAGGUUAACUCUGUUCAAUCCGAUAACGAUAUACGGCGAUUGACAAACGACACUUAUAAUACGUAUCGAAGAGAUACUAAAAGAAUAACAAUUUCAAGUAUGCUACACGAAGACCCGAAAAAGAUAUUUAAAAAAUAUUCGUUAGAAAACUCUGCCACAUUUGGACUGUUUCGGCAAAUUAUGGAGACUAGUAAAUUUAGCGACUGGCAUCACCUUGGAGUUGUAGACAGUGUAGAUAAAAUCGAAGCGGACAAUGAUAUCAAACAAUGUUUUGCAGUUAAAAUCGAAAAGGGAGUUUCUGAAAUAAACUUCAAAAAAUGCUCAUGCACCGAUUUAAAUAUCGUUAUUUAUGAACAAUUAAUUUUUCAUGCCACUCAAGCAGAAUUAAGAUUUAAAGCUAUACAAUUUUCUAUCCAAUACGGCUAUUUAUGCUUAUUAGAUGAAAAUACAAGUCCUGCUUUAGAGAAACUAGCAGUAGCAGAAAACUUGUGCAAAAACACUGGAUGUGAUAAUGAUCGAGUUAUACUUCCUAUUGAAUUAAAAAGAUUCUUGGGAAGAAUUUAUUCACUAAAGGCCGCUUGUUACUUAUUGAAUGGAAAAUUGACGAUGGCAAAAUACAACUUGGAACUUGCAGCUCCUAUUUAUGGAUUGAGUAUCAAGAAAACGUCUAAUUUACUUGGAGUGAAAGGAUUAUUUUUAAAAAUGAAAUAUAGAAAACAUCGAGCGCUUGAAAAUAUAAUGAAAGCAGAUUCUGUUUUUUGUUUAAAUGUAGGGACGUCGCUAUAUUCAGCAAUGGGUGAUGAAAAGACAUCUAAAAUGUGUUUGUCUCUUGCUUUAAAGCUAGUGCAAAGUAUAAAUUGCAGAAUGGUUGAUUUAUGCGAUGCAUUUACAAAUGCUAUUCAAUUCGAACUUGAUCGAGGUAGUCCAGAAAAUACAGUUGAAUUAGAAAAGAUUAUCUGUCAUGUGUUUCGUCAUCAAACGCAGCCAGUAAAGGCAGAUGAACUCUUCGCCCUCGGGAAACUAUACGUGGCUACUUUUCACUCCAGGACAGCUCGAGCUGAACUUCCGGACGCUAUUCGCUCAGGCUUUAGGGCUAUUGUAGUAAGCAAUUUUCUUCAUGCCUACAAUGUAUCCGUUGAUAUAAUACCAGAUAUGUUUUAUAUUUUAUUGUGCCGACGUCGCAUUGCAGAAGCGAUUGAUAUAAUUAGUUUGUGUUGGCGAUUAUCAAAGGACAACAUUUCUCGAUCUUGUGAGACUUGGUAUUACGCCCUGUGCAUGGAUCUUAUUCUAGACGCUGGCUUUCAACAUGAAACUGCACACGAAAUAUACCGUUAUUACCAGACGUCAGCACAUAGAAAUGAAUCAGGGUCCGCGCGCCGCCGCCUUACUGUGAACCUGUGGACAUACUGGCUGCGAAUGGACGUCGAACGCAAAGCUAAGAAGUUCGAAGAAGAAGCACUGAGCUGGAUCGCUCGUAAAGACGACGACGGCACGCUUGUCACGCUGUUCAGCGCUCUCAGACUAGCUGAAGCCAUGCUAGAGAGCUUGGCUAGAAAAAUGGAUGACUUAAGAAAAGUGGUAGAUUUAAUGGAACUUCGUUCUAUAGCGGACAGAGAAUUGAAUAGUUUGGAGAAGGACUGUCGUAUAAUGCGGGUGCUGUAUGCUCGGUGGACGCGGUUAAAAGCGACAUCACAGAGCCUAUCUGGUCGUCGGACCUCCUCGUUGGGAUUAUUCAAUCAAGCUGUGGAAGAAAGUCGGCGUGCUCGCAAUCACUUGGAAGAGGCCUUGGCUACGGCGUGUCUUGGUGACUCUCGGAUAUGGACAUUGAACGCUCGCUCCAAUAAUUUUGACGGUUGGCGCAUUGGGUCCCAACACGCUGAAUAUGGUUGGCACCGACUCAUGUAUAAAAUUACUACAGCAAGAUACUAA